UGAACGCGACAUGCGCAUCGUGGGGGCGGAGAGGAAGCAGCAGUUUGCGGGAAGUGAUCACCAACAUAUCCAAGUAACAGACAACCUGCGGAUUUAAUACCACGAUUUUUUUUCGAGGGAUUCUGCUGGGAUUUUAACCUUGACUGCGAGCGAUCGGGUCCGUGCUCACGAUCUAAGCCAGAGAUGACCACCGAGAAGACGUCAUACGCUCCCAUUGGAGGGGUCCCCUCUACCCCCUCGCUUCCGGGGAAAACGGUGUUUCCUGUCUCGUUUGACGCGGAUAUGCCAGGGAUGUACGGGCCCCCUGCUCCUAGUGGUUUCCUUGCCCCUGGUGGUCUACACUCCGGUGAUGGUUUUGCUGCACCCGGAGGUUUCCCUGCUCCUGGUGGUUUUGCUGCUCCCAGUGGUUUCCUUGCCCCUGGUGGUCUACACUCAGGUGAUGGUUUUGCUGCUCCUGGUAGUUUUGCUGCUCCUGGUAGUUUUGCUGCUCCUGGUGGUUUUCCUGCUCCUGGCGGUUUCCUUGCCCCUGGUGGUCUACACUCCGGUGAGUGUUUUGCUGCUCCUGGUGGUCUACCUGCUGCUCCUGGUGGUUUCCCUGCACCUGGGGGUCUGCACUCGUAUGAUGGUUUUGCUGCUCCUGGUGGUUUCCCCGCUCCUGGUGGUGUACCUGCUGCUGCUGGUGGUUUCCCCGCUCCUGGUGGUCUCCCUUUCCCACAACCGACUGCUUUUGGACCAGGGGUUCCUGGAGCAUUCGGAACGGGGAACCCUUCCACAGCACCAUACUCUCCACCAGACAAAGGAUUUAAUGACAACUUCAAUGAUGCCGUGUACCACAGCGAGGAUCCACCACCCUUUCAUGAGAAUCAAGACUUUGAUUUUGGAUUAGAUAACAAGAGCAUAAGAAGAGCCUUCAUUCGAAAGGUAUUCUUGGUGCUGACUGCUCAGCUGAUGGUGACAUUCGCCUUUGUGGCUGUUUUCACGUUCGUGGAUCAAGUCAAGAUGUUUGUCAUGGUGAACACCUGGACCUACUUCUUAUCAUAUGCCAUAUUCUUUGCGUCAGUUUGUGUAAUCAGCUGCUGCGGAAGCGUUCGUCGAAGACACCCAUGGAACCUUGUUGCAUUAUCAAUCCUGACUCUCAGCUUGUCCUACAUGGUGGGGAUGAUCGCCAGCUACCAUGACACUGACUCCGUUGUCAUGGCAGUGGGUAUCACCGCAAUUGUGUGCUUCACAGUGGUUGUCUUCUCUCUGCAGACCAAAUACGACUUCACUUCCUGUUAUGGCGUGCUUUUUGUCUGUUUAAUUGUCCUGAUCAUCUUCGGCAUCCUCUGCAUCUUCAUCCGUGACAGGAUUCUUCACAUUGUGUAUGCUGGACUGGGAGCUUUGCUCUUCACCUGUUUCUUGGCGGUGGACACCCAGCUUCUGCUUGGAAACAAGGAACUGUCCCUGAGUCCAGAAGAAUAUGUCUUUGCAGCUCUCAAUCUGUACACCGACAUCAUCAACAUCUUUCUCUACAUUCUUGCUAUCAUUGGAAGAGCAAGGGGGGGCUAAGCAGGAGGAAAAAGUGGUAGAAAUGCUGAGUUCUAGUCCUGAAGGGAAGCUAUCGUUUAUUUUCCAUUUUGCAUUGUAGUGUGCAUUGAUCACAGUUCGUGAAUAUUGGCUUCAACGGUGUAACGUUUUUUAAAAAUAUAUAUCUAUGUUGUAGUUUGUGGGGUUGUUAAAGUUUUAUCAGGCAUUUGACGUGUUGUUCGAUACUUUAUAUUUGCCAUUUGAUAAGAUUUUCUUCAACAUGUUUCCAGAGCUUUCAACUGUGUCAAACAUUCUUCAUUAAUAUGAGAAUUGAAAAUUAUAGUUUCAUCCAUUGCCCUUUCAGGACUUCCUGGCUAUUUGGGACACUUUGGUGCAUGAAGAACUUAAUGAAUCUAAAAUAGUAAGUGGAACUUGAGUUGGAAUCAUUUUGGGAAACCACUAUUUUUCACGAUUAAGAUUUCCCUUUCCUGUAACAUUUAAGCCAGCAAGGGAAAUUGAAAAGGAAAAAAUGGCGCCCUCUCCAUGGCACUCAUGCAAACUGCAUCAGUAGUUGAAGAAUGUUAUAUGGUUGAAGCCCUGGACAUGCCCCGUUUCUUUUCUCAAACUAAUAUGUCCAAUAUGAAAACCUUUUAAUGCUGUGCAUAAAGUUAUUUUUUAAAACUUGAUUGCUGUUGAUUGUGGAGUGAAGAAAUCCAGACUAAAUCACAUCAAACCUC